CUCUCAGUCCUUAGCUUCCUGUUUCCUCUCGCACAUUUCUCAAAGUUUACUUCCAGUGUUAGCCGAUGGGGGCUAGCCAGCAGCUAGCGUAGCGGUUAGCACAGGAUUAGCCCUGCUAACAAUAGCGAACCAGUUCCACGGCUAAUAACAGUGGCUUCAGCCGCCGGGCUCUUUGCUGUCCGCGCUGUGUCUGAGUGGAUACACUGACACCGCAGGUGGUUGCGUUCGUUUGUUGAGGGGGACACAUGCAGAAGUGCGUGCUGUGCGUUUAGCCCCAGAGCUAACACGACCCGAGUCGAAGGCACGUCAUACCAGACUCCAUUAACAGCUUGGAACAGUUGUGAUCAAGACAAAUGGAGACAACAGGAGUUUGUGACAUUGAUUUGGCGUCCAGGAGAAUAGUGGGAGGCAGUGAUUCUCCUACAGACCUGGACAGCUCUUGUCAGGAAGAGGUUGCAGGGUUUGAUUUGGGGUUGUGCUGUGCUGAGGAGGAGAGAGGGGAAACUCCAGGCAGAGAGGAUAGUCCCAGUGAUCUGGGGGAGGCUGAGCUUGAUCCCGGAGGAGACCCCAAGAGUGGAGAGGACAAGGCCUUUGGGAAGGAGGUCACUCUGUUGAUGCAGGCUCUGAAUUCUCUGGCCACUCCUGAAGAGAAACUGGCUGCUUUGUGCAAGAAAUAUGCCGACCUGCUGGAGGAGAGCCGUUGCAUGCAGAAGCGACUGAAAGCUCUGCAGAAGAAGCAGUCUCAGAUUGUGAAGGAGAAGAUCCACCUGCAAGGGGAGCACAGCAAGGCCAUCCUGGCCCGCAGCAAGCUGGAGAGUUUGUGCAGGGAGCUGCAGAGACACAACAAAACUCUGAAGGAGGAGAAUGCUCAGCGGUCCAGGGAGUACGAGGAGCAGCGGAAGGAGGCCAUGCUACACUUCCAGAUGACCUUGAGCGACAUUGAGGUGCAGAUGGAGCAGCACAGCUCCCACAACACCAAGCUGAGGCAGGAGAACAUGGAGCUGGCAGAGAAGCUGAAAAAGCUCAUCGAGCAGUAUGAGCUCAGAGAGGAGCAUAUAGACAAGGUGUUCAAGCACAAGGAGCUGCAGCAGCAGCUGAUGGACGCCAAGCUGCAGACAAUCACAGAGAUGAUGAAGGAAGUGGAAGAGAAGCAGCAGAGAGAGCGGGACUUUCUGCUGAAGGAUGCCACUGAGUCCAGACGCAAGUGUGAGUUAAUGAAGGAGCAGGAAACACAACUCAAACAACAGCUCUCCUUGUACAUGGACAAGUUCGAGGAGUUUCAGAGCACUCUGGCUAAAAGCAAUGAGGUCUUCACCACUUUUAGACAAGAGAUGGAAAAGAUGACAAAGAAGAUCAAGAAACUGGAGAAGGAGACGACCCAGUGGAAGACCAAAUGGGAGAGUAACAACCAGGCCCUUCUGCAGAUGGCUGAGGAGAAAACUCUGCGUGACGGCCACUUCAAGGCCCUGCAGGGGAAGCUGGAGCUGCUGGAGAGGCUGUGCCGAGCUCUGCAGAAGGAGAGGAACGAUCUGAACAAUCGGCUCAGCCUCCUGCAGGAGCAGGAAGACAAAGGGACCACAGCACCUACUGAAGACCAGCGACAGGAGCCUUCAGAGGAGGAGCAGGGGGAGGAGGAAGGGGAUAAGGAGGAAGGGGAUAAGGAGGAAGAUGAUAAGGAAGAAGGGGAUAAGGAGGAAGAUGAAAAGGAGGAAGGGGAUAAGGAGGAAGAGAAUGUGGAGGUGGGCUCGACACAGGGCGUCAGACAGGAGGCAGAGGGCAUUCACCAAGAUCCCAGUCUACCUGGACUUGACUCCUCUCCGGCUGCUGCUGACAAAACCACUACUGCUACAACAAGCAGCCCUCCUGCAGACACACAUAACUGAGCAAACCUACAUGGUGUGUGUGAGUAUAGAUGAGAAGGUGCGAUAGUAGGGCUCCACACGCCUCCAGCCUAGUUCCAGAACUAGCCAGACAAACCAUCUUCAAUGGAGAUAUAGAUUUCCUGUUUUUUAAGUCUACACUUGCCUCUGCAGGUUUCUACACAGAAACUGAGCCUAUAUCUUUUUGUGUAAUCGUUUAAGAAGAAUAAAGUGACUAUCAAAGAUUCUAUUGUAAGAGUUAGCCCACGUUUAGGUUGGUUGUAAUAAUUGGCUUUGUGGAGAGCACUUUGUACUCCAUUUUCUACCAUACGUGUAUUUUCAUAAGAAAUUUCCAUGCAGUCUAACUGAAGCAGUUCAAAGUCUUUAAUUUCGUUCGUCAAACGGUCCAUCCCUGUGGUGUCACGUCUCAUCGGAAGUUCUCCAGUGAUUCAGUCAGAAUCACAUGCUUUUCUUCACAGGUUAGUGUGUUAAUGAAGCUCACAGUGAGAAUGUGAUCUGAGGAGGACGUAGUGUAGAGCAAGUACAAAGACUGAGUUGGCUUCUUUUUUUUUUUUUGUGUGUGUGGAUAAGUUGGUCUUUUGGAGCCAAAAGUAUCUUAGCAAAAUGAAUCUGUAAAUCCAUAUAAAAUGGCUACCUUGACCCACCUGUUUGUUAAUAACUAGUUAGCAAGCUCCCAUCACCACCAGGACCAUCACGUUUCUGUUUAAUAAUGAAGUCUGAAAGCAAAAUUCUGAAGUGAACAAGUGGAACAAGCUGCACAGUGUCGCUCUGACCUACACACCCUGUCAUUAUACCAGGCUAAUGUUGCUGAUGAUUAGAAGGUUCUGCACAUAUCUCUUAGAGGAAAGUGAUUUCAUUGAACUCUGUUGUUGGUGUCAGAAGAGAUAAGUGGAAACAGUGGUAUUAUCCCCCUGCAGCUGACGAUUACUAAAGGUAAAUGACAGUAUGUCACCAGAGUCUCAGGAUAGUUAAUGUAACUUGACUGGGCAGCUUCCAGUCAAAAUCCUUAUGAGUCAUUUGUAUCACAUCCCUUUUUGUUGCUAGUUGUGGUUGGGGUUUUUCCCAGCAACAACACAAUGUGGUUUGCUCAGUAUGAGAAUAAAGUCAUAGAAUAACUCCAAUAACAGUGUAAAAUGUUAGGAUCAGAUGUGCUGCAUUAGAUAACAAUGCACCAUAUAUAUUUCUGUUGUUUAAGCAAAAACCAAGAAAAUGUUGAUUUCUUCAGUUUUCCUCAUUAAACUCCUCCUGUCGCCAAA